ACCACAUAUGCGCCUGGAGAGGACAGAAGAGGGUGUUGGAUCCCCUGGAACUGGAAUUACAGGAGGUUGUCAGCUGGAUUUGGAAAUUGAACCUGGGUCCUCCAGAAAGAGCAGCAAGUGAAGAAACCAAUGAGCAUUUUAAAAGGCCCCUAGCAUUUUAAAAAAUUAUUGUGUGUGUGUGUGUGUGUGUGCAAGUGUGUAAGUGCAUGCUGAAUGCCAUGAUGUGUGUGUAGAAUUCAGCUUGUAAGAAUCCUUUGUCCACCAUGUAGGUCCCAGGAAUCAGACUCAGGUCAUUAGGCUUGGUGGCAAGUGUCUUUGAGCCAGCCCCCUCACUCUUUUUUGUUUAUGGGCCUGGUGAGAUGGCCAUGUGAGUUCAAACCCUGGGACUCACAUGGCAGAGGAAGAGAAUCCUCACAGGCUGCCCUCUUUCUGGAAUAAAUAAUUGAAAAAACAAUAAAAAGAAUUCCUUCCAGUCUACUUGAUGGGACCAAUUUAUUAUUCUGUGUGUAUGGGUGUUUUAUCUGCAUGUAUGUCUGUGUGCCACAUAUGUGCCUGGUGACUUGGUGUCAGAUCCCCUGGAACUGGAGUUACAGAUGGUCUGGAUUGCCCUGUGGGUGCUGGGAAUCGAACGGGUUGUGCUGUUAACUGUUGAGACAUCUCUCCAGCCCCUGCCCCCCGAAACACUUGAGUUUUUUCAGGCAAGGCACAAUUUCAUUGUUCAAAGUCACUGCUGUAGUAAAUGGGGGAACUGGGAUUUGAACUGGGGGAGUGUGGCUGGUGACAGAAGCCCAGAGAGGGAUAAGGGCCACACAACCACAGUCCCCAAGCUGUUGACUCCCUUCUAGCCCAGGAAAAGUAACACCUGACGCUUAGCUGGCUGGGGGCGGAGCAGGGGUGGAGCCAGGGAGACCCAGGUGGCCUCUCAGAACAAGAGCACUGAGUGGCCCGGAGCAGCAUGAGGCAGAGCUGGGGACCAGGGCUGCUUAUUGUGGGAGCUGUGGUCCUGAUAGGGGGUCUUCAGGCAGCUCAGCGUGCAUGCGGGCAGCGCGGCCCUGGCCCUCCAGAGCCUCAGGAAGGCAGCACAUUAGCUGGUGAAUGGCCCUGGCAGGCCAGCGUGAGGCGGCGAGGGGCACACAUCUGCAGCGGCUCCUUGGUGGCAGACACCUGGGUCCUCACAGCUGCUCACUGCUUUGAAAAGGUGGCCACAACAGAACUGAGCUCCUGGUCCGUGGUCCUGGGUUCUCUGACGCAGGAGGGGCUGAGCCCAGGGGCUGAAGAGGUGGGAGUCGCUGGCCUGCAAUUGCCCAAGGCCUAUAACCACUACAGCCAGGGAUCCGACCUGGCCUUGCUCCAGCUCAGCCAUCCCACAGCCCAUACAACCCUCUGCCUGCCCCAGUCCACCUAUCAUUUCCCCUUUGGAGCCUCUUGCUGGGCCACAGGCUGGGACCAGAACACCAGUGACGUUUCCAGGACCCUGCGGAAUCUGCGUCUUCGUCUCAUCAGCCGCCCCACUUGUAACUGUCUCUACAAUCGGUUACACCAGCGGCUGCUGGCCAGCCCAGCGAGACCUGGGAUGCUGUGUGGGGGUGCACAGCCCGGGGUACAGGGACCCUGCCAGGGAGAUUCUGGGGGACCUGUGAUGUGCCGUGAGCCUGAUGGACACUGGGUCCAAGUUGGAAUCAUUAGCUUCACGUCAAAAUGUGCCCAAGAGGACACUCCUGUGCUGCUGACUGACAUGGCCACGCACAGUUCAUGGCUGGAGGCCCACGUUCAUGGGGCAGCUUUCCUGGUCCAGGACCCAGGAACUGUGGAAACCAGCGACGAGAACAGCUGUGUCGCAUGCGGCUCCUUGAGGGGUGGAGGCCCCCAGGCCGGAGCGCUCUCUCAGUGGCCCUGGGAUGCCAGGCUGAAGCACCACGGGAAGCUGGCUUGUGGUGGAGCCCUGGUGUCAGAGGCGGUGGUGCUGACUGCUGCUCACUGCUUCAUCGGGCGCCAAACCCUAGAGGAAUGGAGUGUAGGUCUGGGGGCUGGACCAGAGGAACGGGGCCUGAAGCAACUCAUUCUGCACGGGGCCUACACCCACCCCGAGGGUGGCUAUGAUGUGGCCCUCCUGCUGCUGGCUCAGCCUGUGACAUUAGGCCCUGGCCUGAGGCCCCUUUGCUUGCCCUAUGCUGACCACCGCCUGCCUGAUGGUGAACAUGGCUGGGUUCUCGGGCUGACUCCAGGAGCAGGCAACAGCUACCCCCAGACAGUACCUGUGACAGUCUUAGGGCCAACGGCCUGCAGCCAACAACAUCCAGCCCCUGGGAGCACGGGCAGUCCCAUUCUGCCAGGGAUGGUAUGCACCACUGUUGUGGGUGAGCUGCCUCAAUGUGAGGGCCUGUCUGGGGCACCACUCGUCCAUGAGGUCAGGGGCACAUGGUUCCUGGCUGGACUGCACAGCUUUGGAGACACCUGCCAAGGCCCUUCGAGGCCUGCAGUCUUUGCAGCACUCUCUGCCUAUGAGGACUGGGUCAGCCACCUAGACUGGCAGGUCUACUUCGCUGAGGAGCCAGAGCCUGAGGCUGAGCCUGGAAGCUGUCUGGUCAACUCAAGUAUGUGUCGCUCUUCCCUCUUCCUCCUUAGCCCUGGCUCUCGUCUAGGGAAACACUGCUGUGACUCAUCUCUAGCUGCCUGGGGUGCGGGGUGAGCAACAGACAGACCCACGUGGACUUUAGGUUUUCAGGUCUCCCAUACACCACAGGGGCCAAGAUGGGUCCUGCUUCUUCAAGGGAAGUAAUAAAGCUACGGGGAGGGAUGGGGCCAAAUUAAUUUCCUUCCUCUCCGUGACAGGCCAACCAGCCAGGUGCUGACUGGUGACUCUCUAGUUUACUCACAAGACGCCCGAAAAGCCAGGCAACUCCCACGUCAACACCCAAUUCUACACUGAUGCCUUCCCCUCCCUGGCUUGUGGUUUCCAGCCCCGAGGCAGGUCCCACAGCUGUCUGGCUGGGAAUG